ACGCGGCCGACAAUGAGAGGGAUGCUGAACGGUCACCGUCAAAGUAGCUACUUUUCCGAGGCCCCACCAUCUCCGUCGUCGACUGGAUUUGGUGGCUCUUCGAAGACGACUGCCGCCCGCAGAUCACAGCACUUCUCCAGCGGCGAGAAGACAACCAUAAUCCGGGACACAGCCCUUGCUCUAAAGCGCAAGUCGAAUGCAGAGCUCGGGCACGGAAUUGCGGAGACGGCCGACCAUGUCUCAUUCAUCGAGCUGGUGGAGUAUAUUCAUCAAGAGCGACUGUCCACUUUACCACACAAAGGAUCCAAAUGGGACACAUGCCUGAUCCGGGCGCUGUAUCUCGCCGAGCGGCUUCAUGCUUUUGAAGCUGCUCUCAACAACCACGCACACGAUAUUGAACAUGCUUGCAAACUCGGUUAUGGACACAUUCGUCUUCUGCUUGAUCUUGGACAUGAGAACUCCGAGGCUUUGGAGAAAGCCUUCGCCUUCUGCUAUCGUCUCAGCUCUCAAGUUUCUCAACUGGUCGCAAGGGCCGAGCUGCUGAAGCUUUCCGCAUCGACAUACGAACAGCUCUCGUACAUGUACACUGACCUGCUCUCGUUGGUGACCGACAUUGCUGUUACUUUCUACAAGGCUGUCCACAGCAGCAGCAGCACAGUAUCUGUCGACAUUUACGAAGAGUUCGGCGAUGUCAUUGUCACAUUCAGGGAGCGACGAGAGGCCGUGACGAACUCCAUCUGGCGGGAAACUACCGGAGAGGAUGUGGUCGAUGUCGCUGUGCUUUCCAGAUGGCUCUCGCCUCAGGACCGAGUACUGACAACACUGGCGCUGGACUACUCACUGCUCGCGGAGGACCUCGUCGGCUGCGUAUGGUUCCAUGAUGAUCUGGCCAAGUUCAUCAAGGGUUCAGAGAAGAUCCUUCUGAUCAACGGCAACGCUGGGUCAGGCAGAACGACACUCGCCGCAAGUUUGACCGAGCGCUUGCAGCGACCUAUUGCGAAGAAGCAGUAUGCCACUGCCUUUUGCUCCGUUGGUGCCGCCACAUCGCAGGCGAACACUCUCUACAUCGUCCAAGUUCUGCUGAACCAGCUUUUGAACCUGAGUGUCGGUAAUGCACAUGUCUACGAUUCGAUCGCCGAAGCCUAUGAGCAAUCCAAGCACACCUCAGAUCCCACCAGAUACGAAGAUCUACUAUGGCAUGCUUUGGAGGAUGCCCUCCGGAAUCCACUCGCCAAGGGUAAAGACACCGUUCUCGUUGUCGACGGGAUCGAAGAGAUCGCUGGAGGGAAGUCCGCAGGCCAGGCUUUGCUCCAACGUCUCGUCCGAGCAGUCGAGCAGGGUAAAGGUGUCAAAAUCAUCGGUCUGGCCCAGUCUCUGGCACUUCCUAGCGGCAGCAAGGCCAAGCUGUAUCAGAUCAAGACCGCCGACACCAGAGACGACAUGCACGAAGUCGUUUUGAGGUGUCUUAUCGACCACCCGCACUUCAAAGCUCAGACUGGUCGCGAACAAGAGACAACAGUAAGCCAGGUCAUCACGGCGAGCAAUGGAUCUUUCCUUCACGCUACACUCGUGAGUGAGCUGUUGAAGUUUGAGAAGACUCUUGAGAAUUUCGCCGAGGCGGCUGGGAAGCUCAACCCGAAGACCACCGACGAGGACCUGCUUCACACUCUUAUUGGCCAUCUAGGUCUCUCGGACGAUGCGAAGACUUUGCUCUCGUGGCUCGCACACACUGCUCGACCUCUGACGAUUGAGGAGAUCGGCUGCCUCUUUGCUAUGGAUGUAGCUCACGCUGCAAGGAAUGAGCGCCGUGUUCAUGUCCACGCUCUGGCCCACAAAAUUGCUCCUUUACUCACGAUAUCCGAAGAUAUCAUGUCGUUACGCUACAAAGUCGCUACACGCAACUUGCUGAGCUCAAAGAAAAUCGCCCUGAAAGAGAAGACAGAGACCGAUUUGCUCCACCGUGUGCUUCUGUACGCCAAACUCACCCUUCCAACCAAGAGCGAGCCAAGUCUGGAGUGCUCUGACCGAUCUAUCAUCGCUCACUCCUUCUCACACCACCCGCUCCUCGAAUAUGUCAUCCGGCACUGGACCUGGCAUCUUCAGCAAGCCACUGGCAUCGCUCCUGGGAAGCCGUCUGAUAUCAAGGUCACCACGGAACUGCAGAAAUGUUUCCCGCACAGCGUGACCAUGCCUAUUCUCGAGAACAUGUGUUGGGACUUGCAGUACCCCGGCUCGUUCGAGGUCCAGCUGCAUGAGCUUGCGGCAAGGAUUCGUUCCAAGAUCUUGACCGAGAAGCAUCCAGCGACCUUCCAGUCCUGGCUUAAUGCUGCCGGGUAUUACCUGGAGACUGACGAGACCAAGCGAGCCUGCUCACUCUACUACUACGUUUGCACACUAUCCAAGGAAAUUCUGAGCGUCAAUCACCCGAUGACUGUUUCUUUGCUGCAGCUCUUUCUCCGUAUCAGUGAGGGUAGCUGCAGCGGAACGACCUCGAGGACGGACAUCAUCACACACCGCGAACAGAUCUUGAUCCUGCUGAUCACGGCUUAUGAGCGUCAAUUUGGUGCAAGGGCGGAGAUUACCAUACAAAUCCGCCAGCAACUCUACGAACUCUACAUCCAGAUCGAGGAGCAUGAGCAUGCGGAGGCAAUUCUCAUCAUCAUUCGCGACGGACACCACCAUCACCACCAGCCGAAUGGCGACCAUGAGCACGACCGGGAUGGCCAUCUUCAUGUCAACUUGCGCAAGAAGAAACAUGGAGGAGAGAUCGACACCUACGACGGAGACAUCUUUGACGAUGACAUUGAGGAAGAAGAGAACACUCGAAUCAUCGAGCUGACCGAGAUCAUGGUCAUCAUCCGCCGAAUCGAGGUGCUCAUCUCUGAGAAGCAUUUCCUCCAAGCCGAGCUUCUCUACCUCAGUCUCUGGCAGAGGAUCUCCAUCACUUGCCGCACGACGCUCUUGGUUGAAUGGCAUGCCAAAAGGAUUGAGAUCAUCAUGGCCUACGCCAAAUUCCUAGAAACUCACAGUCGACGCACCGAAUCCAUCAGCUUGCUGAUUUCGAUCACCACGGAGUAUUGCUCGCAUGAACUUGCUUUUGCGCAAAUCAUUGUCGAGCUUCUGGUCAAGAUCGCUCGCACUCUGCGACACUAUGGAGAGUACUCUGCAUCUCUUACGAUUUACAAGCACGUCUGCUCGUACUACAAGAACGUUCACGUUCACAAAGAGGAGUCCAAGACGAUCACCGAGAUUGAGGAGGAGAUGGUCCAGGUAUCCGAAGAGAGUGUCAAGCACACCCAUUCGGAGACCACAACCACCACAACUCACACCGCGACCACAAGCUUUGCCAUGUUCCAGCUGCUCAUCACCAAGAAGUUUGACUCUUCAGUGAUGAUUAUUGCGACUCAGCUCAUCUCAGAGUUCAUCACAACCAAGAGCUGGUCGAAAGCUAUCGAAGUGAUUCAUAUCACGCUGGAGAGGUCCUGGAGCUCAUUCUUCUCGCAGACCAUCACUAUCUGCGAGAGGUACCGGGAGGAGAACAUCCGUAUGGUCGAGCAGCUUGCGCACUGUCACUUGCAGCUCCGCGACUUUGUUAGGGUGGAAGAGGUCUACUCGAAGUUCUUCAGGGCCACGCUCACCGUCAUCAAGGAAGUUGCUUUGUUCGAGAGAGCGAAGCUUCUCAUCAUCGGCUUCUAUACCUCUCGUGGCCACGUCCACGGCAUCAUCCAGAUCCACCAAGAGAUUCUUGCUGUCUACAGACUGGUCUACGGCGUCAGCCAUGAGCUCACGAUUGCACUUCUGUAUCAUCUUGGGUCGCUCUGCAGGACGGGCGGUAGGACCCACUACUGGCUCGAGUACUACCAAAACAUCUGCAUUGUUCUCAACCACGACAGCAAGCACUGCCAUCCGCGCGCCUGGGAAGCUGCUGUCAUCGUCGCCGAAUGCUACUGGGAGGAGCGCCGAUACAACGACUGCGUUACCGUCUACGCUCUCUUGUGGUCGACUUUUGUUCACAAGCACAGUCACAAGGAGUCCAAAUCGUUCUUCACCGAGAUCUUCAUCAGGUCCCUGUAUGAGCGCUACUAUAGCUCGCUGGAAGAGACGCAAUGCACCAUCGAGGUGCUGUACACUGUCUGCAAAGAGUACCGCGAAACAUGCAAGAGCUUUUUCGGAGCCACCUCGGUCAUCUCCAUCGAGGCAACCAUUGCCUUGGCGAGGUUCUGCGAACGUACAGAGAAGUACUCCGAGCACUCAUUGUCUCUGUACCAGGAAGCUCUGAAGAUUGUCACUGAGACAAAGACGACUUCUACAACCAUUGACGUUCACGAAGUCAAGUCGAGCCUGACUCGGAUCUACCGCAAGCGUGUCAUCAGCUCGUCGUCCACAUCCAUCUCGGAGGAGACGCUCACUCAAGCUAUUGAAAUCUACCAAUCGCACUUCCACGAAUGCUACACCAAGUAUGGCUACUCGCAUGAGACAUCCUUGAUUGCGCUUCGCGAGCUUGUUCAACUUUGGAUCCGCCGAGGCAAGACUGAAGUGGCUGUCAAAGAGUUGAUCAGAGUCACUGUCGAGAUCAUCAUCAAGGAGACGUCUUCUCAGAUCUUGUUCGAAUGCGCCUCCAGCCUCGUGCAGACUUUCUUCGCCUGCAAGCUCCAGGCGCAAUUGACCACCUUCGUUGAGGAGCUUCAUUACCAGCUCAUAGUCAGACAGAAGACUUCCAAGUCGACUUUCAGCGUCAUCGAGUGCAAGGAGACCAGCCUCUUCUUUCUGGCCACGAUCGAAUGGCACAUUCGGAAGGAAAUUUCCCUCACUCUGUCCGAAUUUGUGGCUAUCAUCACAGCGGAGCACGUCAUGUACAGGGAAUUCCGCUCGCUGGUCAACAAUAAAGCAAGCCUGGACAAGAUCCUUAUCGCCGCCGCACCUCUGCGAUACCUUCUGCUUCAGUGGAAGCGAACAACACUGGCCAACACAGUGGAACAAGAAGCAAUCAAGAUCUUCGUCGAGCGAGAGGCCUCGAGCGUGCAGCUGCUCAGCAAGAAGUCACCGCAGCAUUUCAUCGUCGGUAUCUUGGAGUAUCUCGGCAACCGCAGGUCGAUCAACUUUGUCGCUGUGGUCAUUCGAGCUUGCAACAAAAAGCUCGCCAGCCUCAUCAAGAAUUUGCAGUUCGAGGAGGCGCACGAUAUUGCUAAGAUGUGCUACUCCUAUGCUUCUUACCGCAAGGGCUUCCGAGGCGCACAUGGCAUCGGUCUCGGCUUCAAAUUGGCUUCUCAACUCGACGGCCGUGGCGAGAACUGCUGCCAGGACAAGGAAUUGCGCCAGAAGCUGCUCACGUUGUCGAACGGCAUCAUCAAAGACGUCCUCAAAUCCUGCCGCGAGCAAAAUAUCAGCCUUACUCGCAUCAAAUUGGCCGAGCUGAACGAGCUCAUCGCUCUCCUCGGUGAACAAAAGGACUGGGACACCCUCGAAGGCCUCCUCAAUGAGCUCUGGUCCACCCGUGAGGCUCAAAAAUCCUGGGACCCGAAGAUCAUGCUCCGCCUCGGCCGCCUCCUCAUCUGCGCGCGAUACCUCGCCGGCCGCCAGAUCAAGAGUAUUCGUCUGGCGGAGGACAUUUCAUACAAUAUGCGACGAGUCAAUGGCGCUAGAGGUCCCGCUACAAUCGAUGCGUAUGAUCUGCUCGCACAGCUGUACACGUCCAACGGGCAGUCUUACCAACGAGAAGCUGCGACGGAUAAGUCCGCUGCUUCGCUUGCCCAGGAUCACUUCAAGAAGUCGCUCCUCGUCCACGAGGAUAUCCUCCGCUGGCUACUCAGCGAAAGCUCAGACGGCACUGCCGCCGGCUCAGACGAUGACGACGACGACGACUUCGCCGCUUCGCUACUCGCUGAACACGGCGUGCAGCACCACAGCCACACCAACGGCGACGCUGCGCAAGAAGACGGCAGCACGCACGCCCGCCGCGGAGAACUAGUGAAGCGACACUUGCAGUUAUUGAAAUUGGACUUCCAGCGCCAUGGAGGGUUUCCGAAGGAGUUUGCUAGUUAUGAACGGUUGAACGCAGAGUUGUUUAGGACUUUUGGAGAGCAGUUGAAGGGAGUGGAGGGCGUUGAGAAGUGGUCGGCGAAAGUGUAUGGUGGAGGCAAGGCGGAAAGUCAGGAGGGAGUUUUCGCUAAUGAGGGGUAUUGGGAGAUUUUGAGGCCGGAG